AUGUACGGAACACACCCCUCGCGUAAGUCUGGGGUUGCAAUUACCAACAAGAAACAAACGCUUCGGACAAGCGAAGUGAAUAAGGAUCCGGACUCUUGGGCAGCCGAGAUCGACGGAAAAAUCAAUUUGUUCGACAAGAGCCACAAGGAGUUUUUCGAGGUCUACGUUCCCUUUGAGGACCCUUUUGGUGGCGCACGUCCGUGGGACGAUCCCGCUGCUGUGUUUGCAGACGUCCGUACCGUGGGACGGGAGACGGCGAUGUACCCAGCACUGAUUUCAGGACUUCAGACGGUUGUCCAUGAGUUUGAACUCGAACGCCGGCCCCAAUUUGCCGACAGCAGCAAAUGCGCGGUCAGAUUUCCAUUCUCCGCAUGGGAAGACGAACACAUGUACACCAUACCAGACAUACUCAUGUCAUUUCCUGGUGAAGACGACGAGGCCUGGGGAAAGUCCUGGCACAGCAUCUCGAUGGUAUUCGAGAUAAAGCCAGGAAAAUGCGAGGAUCCAAUUGGCAAGUACAGUACAGCGGCGACGGCUGUGCUCACGCAACUAGCGAAGAGUGCGAGGAACAUCAUGCUGACGCACGGGAGGCUCUUCGUCUUCGUCGUUGGAAUCUACGGCAACCUUGCUCGGAUAUACCGCUUUGAUCACGCAGCGGGCGUCGCUUCCCGAGCGUUCGAUUACAAGAAGGAUCCGUGGCCUCUUCAUGAACUGAUCUGGCGGUUCUGUCAUCACCGAGCGCGUGUCGGCGGCCGAAUGGGAGCACCCUUCGCCGAUAUGGUCCUUGGCGCAGAUCCGUCGCUGCAAAGAGCUACUGAAGAGGACAUCAAGCUGGCCGACGAGGAAUGCAUAAGAGCAGGGAGGGCCCGUCUUACGGAGGACGAGAAGCAAGCAUGCCGAUGGAUGACGGCGAUCAAGUACAACGAGGAUGGCGCGGAGGUUGGGGCGACGAGAUAUCUACUCUGCCGACUUCGCUUCCUGAACCCGCGGCUGUUCUCGCGAUCGACGACAGUCUGGGACGCACUCGAGGAAGGGACGUGGCAGCUUUGCGCAAUCAAGGACGCCUGGAGGCAACUCGCCCGUGACCGCGAAGAUGUACUGUACGACCGUCUCUGUAAAGCGUACCGCAAUCGGCCGUGGUGGGAGAUGGUCGAAGACUAUGUGUUCAUGCACCGCAAAGACGAGCCGGGUCCGGACAGACCCUCGUUGCCUGAUGGCGGUUUCGAGCUGGACGACGAAGGCCAUCCCAUACUCACGGAAGAGUUGGAGGAUAUGGUGGUUGCGGCAUCGCUCGACAUAGGCGUGACAGAGUUAUACGGACUUCCGGACGUGGUAUACGGCGGAGACCUUGGCGCACUUGAGGCAGCGAAAGUGCUCUUAAAAUCGCGCAGCUCGUCGAGCUCCGAGGUAAGCGGCGCAGAUCUGGUUUCAGUUGCCAGUCAUGCGGAUCGACCGCUUGCAUACGAAGCCUACCAUCGCACGGUCUGUGGGUGGAAUGCCCAGAAGGCGAAAUACAACGAACGGAGCCAUAUGCGAUUGGUGAUGAGCACUGUCGGCCGCCCCUUGUCGGACUUCAGGUCGACGAAGGAACUCGUUAGAGCCCUUCGAGACGCAAUUCACGGACAUCGGCAGGCCUAUCUGGCAGGCACGAUCCAUCGUGACAUCAGCGAGGGAAAUGUGAUGAUUGUCGACGAUUGGAUGUGUUUCUUUGUCGGUUUCUUGCUCGACCUCGACUAUGCCUUCGAUUGGAAGGCGGCGCUAGGACACGCGGGCUGGCCAAUUAAUGAGACAAGUUGGAAACGGUUCGUCGAGGAGUAUAACCGGAGUUUGCCCCACCGCGCGCGGCCUGCGCCGCCCGAGACAGAAAUACCCGUCCUCGUUCCUCCUCUUGAUGCCGCUUCCGCUCCAGGGGGCAACUCUGACCGGGAGAUAUGGAAAACGAGGAUGAAGUUGAAGGAGAGAACGGGCACACUGUUCUUCAUGGCGAUCGAGAUCCUGUUAACCUAUGUCGUCCAUGACGUUCGCCAUGACCUAGAAUCUGCCUUUUGGCUCCUUCUCUGCAUGAUAUUGCGGCAUACCAAACAUACCAGCAGCCCGCAGUAUAUGUUGUACCUGCGUGUGUUCGGCGCUGAGAAUGAACUCGACAGCGCGGGGAGGAAGCAAGUCUUUCUCAGCGGGCCGAUGGAGUGGGAGAUCAAGGACAAUAAACCUCUGACUACGCUCGUUCGGAAAUUCAAGACCCUCUGCAAGAAUAAUCUGCCCAACUACGAUGAUCCCUCGAGCGUCAUUCCUCUCACCUACGAGAGCGUUCUGUCGUUGUUCGACGAGGCUCUCGCGGAUCCGUCUUGGCCGGAGAAUGAUUGCGCUCUCCCUUUCAAGCUGCCUCGGGACGACAGCGACAUCGCAUCUGCUACAGGCGGGUCGGGGAAAUCGAGACAGCGUAAGAAACGCGACAGGGAUCCUGAUCAGAAGACGGACUCUGACGAGGACGAAGGUGACCCUUUUGGUCCACGCGCUGCUAAGAGAACACAGGUUGGCAGUCUUUUGCGGAACGAAGUCGGUCAGAUCGUGAACAGAGACGGUCCUUGA